AUGGAUCAGUUACGACGGAGGAGAGCCCCACUUCGCGCAGCGCUGACGAGAGCGGUGAAUGAAGCGAAGAUGGAAUUUGAAAAGGAUGAACCGGAUCGAGAAGUGCUUCAAUCCAAGCUUGAUAAGUUGGAGGAGUUGAUGCCGGAUGUCAUCGUUAUCGAUAAUAAGAUUUUGGACGCAAUGCUUGAGGCAUCAUGUACAGAUGAAGAACUGGAACAAGAAAGUCUACCAGUAGAGGAAUAUCGAGACCGAGUUCGAGAUAUGAAGAGAAAAUUGAGUAAAACAAUUAAUCCUGACGCAAGACCAUCAUCACCAAGUAGCAGUGAGUAUAGUACAGCAUCGGGCAACUCUCAACAUAAGAAGAGAACUUUUAAGCUCCCCAAGAUUGAAUUGAAGAAAUUUGGAGGAGAAUUAAAAGAUUGGUUGGGCUGGUGGUCGCUAUUCAAGAAAAUACACGAGGAUGAUGAUCUUGACGUUGCGGAUAAGUUCCACUAUUUACUUCAGUCAAUGGAAAAGGGCACAAGAGCCUACGAAUUAGUAAAUAGUUACCCACCAACGGCACAAAAUUAUCCUAAAGCUAUCAAUGCGCUUCAAGAGCGAUUCGGUAAAGAAAAAUUGCUUGUCCAAGUCUAUGUUCGAGAUCUACUGAAGAUAGUGAUCAACAAUUCAAAGUCAAGUGAAAAGGUGCAACUAUCAAAAUUUCAUGAUAAGAUGGAGUCGGCACUCAGAGCGCUAGAAUCCUUAAAAGUGACUGCUGAUCAGGCUGCUCUAUUUAUUUACCCGAUGGUGGAAUCAAGUCUACCGGAGGAGACUCUCAUCGCAUGGCAGCGAAGCCCCUUAAAUGGUGCUGAUGGAUCAACUUUUAAUCCCCCCAGGAACGAGUUAGAUUUCAUUAUGCAAUUUUUGAAGAAAGAAGUAGAAUUUGAGGAUCAGAGAGCUCUUGUCCAGUCUGGAUUCUCUACUCUACACGUUAAUAAGAAAAAGAAGGAUUGCCACAACAAGCUCUCCAACCAAGAAGAUAUUCCGACUGGGGCUAGCCUAUUUGUAGGUCAAGGUGCAUCGUGUGUAUUCUGCGGAAAAAGUAAUCAUCGGAGCACCGAGUGCUAUCGAGCAGAGAAGAAUCUGUCUUGGAGUGAAAAGAGUGACAUUUUGAAGAAAAAUAGAUUGUGCUUCAGGUGCAUGCUUGGUGGACAUCGAUCAAAGGAUUGCAAAGUAAAAUUAAAGUGUAAUUUUUGUGAAGAAUCUCAUGUUAGAUCGAUGUGUCCCACUCUACCAAUUAAUCAAAAGAAAAUUGAACGAAGAAAUGAAGUGUGCCAUCCAAACCAGAAUCAAGCCACGGUUCCAGUCACCAGCGCCCAAAAUGCCAAUCAUACGUGUCGUACAGAUGUUUUAAUGAAAACUUUGGUAGUUCGAGUGCUUGGGCCGAAGGGGUCAAAAGUUGUUCGCCUCAUAUUUGAUGAAGGGAGCCAGCAGUCGACCGGAGGUCAAGCCAUAAUCAAGAAAGUGGGCAGUGAGCUAGUUGGCGAAGAGUGGGCCAGGAACGUUCUGUUUGGUGGAACCUUAACAGCUCCAAGAAAAGUCAAAAGUUUCAAUGUCAAGGUGCAAAGUCUAGAUGGAAAGCACACACGUGAAAUUCUUAUGAGAGAAGCCCCAACUAUUUGUGGUGAUAUUGCCAGGAUUCCUGUCGGCCCAUGGAUGAAGGAGCUGAAAAGGAGGAAGAUAUGGCUCACAGAUUUUGAAAAUACUAUAGUCGACAGUCAAGACGUUGAAAUUUUAAUCGGAAGUGAUUACUGGGGACAAUUAGUUGUUGGAAAGCCAGUAUUAUUAGAAUGUGGGCUUGUCGCGGUGGAUACCAUUUUUGGCUGGACACUCAGUGGUCCUAUUUAUGGGGACAAGAAAAGUACAACAGCACUGAUGGGAAUCUCUCAAGUAAUUACAGAGUCCAGUGUCCAGGAUUUAUGGAAUCUCGAGACAAUAGGAAUUACUGAUCCGUUUGAAAGUAAAUCAAGAGAAGAAUGUGAGGAAGCAGCGAGACAGCACUUCCUAAGAACUGUUUCAAAAAGUGAAAAUGGAAGGUACACAGUAACACUUCCAUGGCUGGAUGGAGCGCCUGAAAUUCCGGGCAACAAAUCGGUCGCGGAAAAACGUCUCGUCUCCACCACCAACAAAUUAAGGAGUCAAGGUCAACUUGAAAAUUAUGACAAGAUCUUUUCUGAGUGGGAGAAAGAGGGUUUCAUUGACGAAGUGAAAGUGGAUUCAGAUUCACCAUGCCACUACCUCCCCCAUCGAGCGGUGAUCAAGCCUGAAAGUCAGACAACACCAGUAAGACCCGUUUUCGAUGCUUCAUGUAAAGUUGGAAGGAGCCCUUCGCUUAACGACUGUCUUGAAAAAGGCCCCAACUUAUUGGAAUUAAUCCCUGCAAUUUUACUAAGAUUCAGGAAAAAGAAAAUAGGAGUUAUUUCCGACGUGCGAAAAGCAUUCCAGAUGAUCCAAGUUGCAGAAAAGGAUCAAGAUUAUCAGCGGUUUCUGUGGUGGAAAAAUAUGGAAACAAAAGAAAUCAAAAUUUUGCGACAUAAAAGAGUGGUGUUCGGAGUCAACUGCAGUCCGUUCUUGUUAGGUGCAGUUAUUGAGUUUCACUUGAAGUCAGUAAGUGGAGAUUUACGUCUCAUAGCGCUACAACUCCUUCACUCACUCUACGUCGACAACUCUGUGACAUCAGUGGAUUCACACCAAGAACGUGAAGAUUUUGAAAAGGCCUGUGUGAUGAUGAUGGCGGAAGCAGGAAUGGAACUCCGACAAUGGGAGCAUUCAUCUGUCAUAAAAAGAGGUCGCCAGGAUUUUACUACAGUACUUGGUCUUACGUGGGAUAAGGAAGCAGACGAGCUGUUUGUCGAAAUCCCAAAAAACGAGCCAACCGGGAAGAUGACGAAGAGACUCAUCCUCUCUCAAAUUCAGAAGAUUUUUGACCCAUUGGGGUUUGUUUGUCCAGCAACGUUGAUUCCGAAGAGGUUGCUCCAGAAGACUUGGCAAGAUAAGAAAUCUUGGGACGAAGAACUUGAAGAUUCCGUCAAGAAAGAAUUUAUUGACUGGUGGAAAGAAGUGUCAGUUUUAGAGAAGAUUGGAAUACCAAGAUGGGCUUUCAAUUCAGAGAAUGCCAAUAAUGUCCAGCUUCAUGUUUUCAGCGAUGCCAGCAAGUUAGCCUAUGCUGCUGUAAUUUUUGCGAGAAUUGAAGGAGAACAUGGUGUUUCUAUUCAACUUUUACAAGCAAAAGCAAGAAUAGCCCCCUUGAAGCCGAGAAACGAUCAGUGGGGAACAUUUGUGGGGAACCGUGUGAAAGAGAUUUGUUCCUUAACAAAAGCCGAGGAAUGGAGACAUGUCCCCGGGUUGAUUAAUCCGGCAGACCUGCCAUCACGAGGAUGUACUCCGAGCCAACUGUUAAGUUCCAAGUGGUGGGAAGGUCCAGGCUGGUUAAAAGGGCCAGAAGAAGAGUGGCCGUUGCAGGAAGCAAGUCCCGAUGAAGAAGAAAUUUUAGCGGAGAAGAAAAAGGCAGCAAAGAUUGUGCUGGUUACGACCGUCUCCUCCUUGCCGUGGUACAUGGAGGCGUCGCCUUCAUUUCAUAAGAACGUCCGAGUAUUGGCAUAUAUUAUGAGAGCCAUAAGGAAUCGCUUCAAGAAAAAUGCAGCAGUGGGUUUGCAGGAAUGGGAAUUGUCGGAAGCUGAAAAGUUUAUUUUUAUGGAAGAACAGAAAGUGUUUGAAUCCAGUGUCGUUGAUGGUCUCCAAGUUGAACAAGAUCACGAUGGACUAUUGCGAGUGAAAACGAAGAUUCUGAAUUUACCCGAUACUGAUGCCUUCCGGAAACCUGUCCUCCUCCCGAAGAAUAGUCUGGUUGUUGAUCAGUUGAUCCGAACAGAGCAUCUCCGCAACAAGCACGCCGGUCUGCAGAUCAUGAUGAGCAAACUACGAGAGAAAGUCUGGAUACUACAGUCUCGUCAAGCAAUAAAGAAAGUUCUGAGCCGCUGCACUGUGUGUAGGAGAUUUACAUCAAAGAAAUGUGAAGUUCCGUGUGCUCCACUACCCGAGGCCAGGGUCAAGUUAGCCAGGGUGUUUCAAGUCAUAGGAAUCGACCUUGCUGGACCACUAUUUCUGAAAACUGGAGAGAAGGUGUGGAUGGUUUUGUACACUUGUGCUGUAUACCGAGCAGUGCAUUUGGAAAUAGUAACCCAGUUGACGGCUGAAGAAUUCUUAUUGAGUCUCCAUCGAUUUAUAAGCAGGAGAGGACGACCAAGUAUUAUUUAUACCGACAAUGGGACUAAUUUUGAAGGUGCAUCAAAUGCGAUUAAUUUGUUGGACUGGGAGAGGAUCCAGCAAGAAACAAAGGUCACUCGAAUCGAAUGGAAGUUUAUUGUUCCUUCCUCUCCUUGGUGGGGAGGGUUCUGGGAAAGGCUCAUCCGGUCCUGCAAAGAUUUAUUGAAGAGGAUGUUGGGUCCUAGGAAGCUUCAUUUGAAAGAGUUGGAGACAUGUAUGUUCGAAGUGGAGGCGGUGAUAAACAGCCGACCUCUUACUUAUAUUUCUGAAGAUAAAGACGACUUGGUGCCCCUGACCCCUGCCAUGUUUCUACAGGACAACCGAGAAGUGGAAUUUCCUGAAGAAAUGGCUCUGGAUGCUCAAGCUCUUCGAAAUCAACAUAAGAGUUUAGUCAAGAUGAGGGAAGAACUGAGGACGCGAUUUCGCAGCGAAUAUCUAUCCCUAUUAGUUCAACGAGGAAAGGAAAAGAAGCUCCCAGAUUUCCAUGUGGGAGAUGUCGUUCUUAUCGGAUCGGAUGAUAAAAAGCGCAUUUUGUGGCCAAUGGGAAGCAUACUGGAGCUGAUUCAAGGAAGAGAUGGUCAGAUCCGAAUUGCAAAGUUGAAAACCCAACAUGGGAUUUGGACUCGUCCAUUGCAACGUUUAUAUUCGUUAGAAGUUUCUACAAGGGAUGUUCCUGAUGUGAAAAAAGUGAAGCAGAUUUCCAGUCAAGAUGCUGUGAGAAAUCUGGAAAAAGAAGCUGAGACAAGAACCCGAUUUGGAAGGAAAGUUAAGCAACCUCAGCGCCUAGGAAUUUAA